AGGUAUGUGAAAAUCCAAAACUGAACAUAGUAAAUAAAGAUGGCUUAUAGUCUACAAAUUGUCAUAGGGGUGCUUCUAGUCUUAGUCGUAAACGAGUCAUUAGGUCGGAUAGCUUUCGAAAAACUGACAGACUUCGACUACAGGGGGAACACAUAUUACACAGUGAAAAAUCUCAGUUUGUACGAAUGCCAAGGUUGGUGCCGAGAAGAACCAGAUUGUCAAGCUGCUGCUUUUAGUUUCGUUCUAAAUCCACUGAUUCCUUUACAGGAAACUCAAUGUCAGCUUCAAAACGAAACCGAAGCAAACAACCCAUCUUCAACUGCGCAGAGGAGCGUGAACAUGUACUAUAUGACCAAGUUGCAGCUGCGCAGCGAUAACAUUUGUUUGAGACCAUGGGCCUUUGAAAGAGUCCCUAAUAAAAUGAUUAGAGGAUUGGACAAUGCUCUCAUUUACACGUCGACCAAGGAAGCAUGCUUGGCUGCUUGUUUAAAUGAACAUCGGUUUACAUGCAGAUCCGUAGAAUACAACUACGUUACCCUACAAUGUCAGCUCAGUGACACCGACAGAAGAUCAGCCGGUCAAUUUGUUCAAUUUGUUGAUGCCCAAGGAGUUGACUAUUUUGAAAAUUUAUGUCUAAAAGGAAAUCAAGCCUGCAAAGGUAACAGAAAAUUCCAAAACCCAAGAAUAGGAGUGGCAGAUGACAAAGUAGCUCAAUAUGCCAGUCUUCAUUAUUACACUGACAAAGAAUUGCAAGUUACUUCCGAGGCCGCUUGUAGAUUAGCUUGUGAAAUCGAAAAUGAAUUUUUGUGCAGGAGUUUCUUGUUCAAGGGACCACCUCAGGGAUCUCAAUAUAACUGUCAACUUUACCAUUUGGACCACAAGACUCUACCAGACGGACCCAGCACCUAUCUCAACGCUGAGAGGCCUUUAAUUGACAGUGGAGAGAGGAUUGGAUUGUAUUUUGAAAACACCUGUGAAAAAUCAGCUGUGCCAGCAGGAACAGGUGAAAAUACCUUGCCAGUUGUCUUUGAUACUUCUGAAGAUCCAACUCUUAACAAUCUGACAAAGACCGCCGACGUUAACUGUGACAAAACUGGAACUUGUUAUGAUGUGGCUGUAAACUGCAAAGAUACAAAGAUCGCUGUCUCAGUAAGAACCAACAAACCAUUCAACGGUAGAAUAUACGCUUUGGGUAGAUCAGAAACCUGUAACGUUGACGUCAUCAAUAGCGACCUCUUCAGGCUGGACCUCACAAUGACUGGACAAGAUUGCAACACUCAAUCAGUGACUGGAGUCUACAGUAACACAGUAGUGCUACAGCAUCACAGUGUAGUCAUGACCAAAGCUGAUAAGAUCUACAAAGUUAAAUGUACUUACGAUAUGUCGUCCAAGAAUAUUACCUUCGGAAUGAUGCCAAUCAGAGAUCCAGAAAUGAUCAGUAUUACUUCUGCUCCUGAAGCUCCACCACCAAGAAUCCGAAUCCUGGACAGCCGCCUCAAAGAAGUCGAAACGGUCAGAAUCGGAGACAAGCUCACUUUCAGAAUUGAAAUACCUGAAGACACUCCUUAUGGUAUUUUCGCCAGAAGCUGCGUGGCGAUGGCCAAAGAUGCUAAAAGCACCUUCCAAAUUAUCGACGACGAUGGCUGUCCUGUCGACCCCAGUAUUUUCCCAGCUUUUACACCAGACGGCAAUGCUCUUCAAUCUGUCUACGAAGCUUUCAGGUUCACUGAAUCAUAUGGUGUCAUCUUCCAGUGCAAUGUGAAAUAUUGUUUAGGACCUUGCGAACCUGCUGUCUGUGAAUGGGGACGUGACUCAAUUGAAUCAUGGGGCAGAAAAAAGAGGAGCAUUCAAAAUCAAACUGAUGAAGAGAAGGAGGAAGAUAUGACACUGAGUCAAGAAAUCCUUGUUUUGGACUUCGGUGAUGAAAAACAAUCUGAAUAUUUGAAGAGCGAUUCUGCCAGUGCAGAUUUUGGAAAAGACAAAACAGUUACAAUCAUUGAACCGUGCCCAACGAAAACUUCAGUGCUAGCUUUAGGUGUAACCUGUGCACUUCUAGUACUCCUCUACAUCACAACACUGUUUUGCUACUAUAUGAAGAAAUGGUUGACUCCUGGAAAACAGUUCGCUUGAACUAAGUGCAAUAACUUUAGGUAAACAUCCUACGUAAUCGACAUAUACUGAAAUUUAGUACCUUUUUUUUUUAAAUAAAAUCGAAUGACAAGUAUAAUCUGCAUAGGAUAUUAUAUCAACUGAUAUUAUGAUAAUAAUUAUUAAUAAAAAUAGGUAUAGAAUAAAAGCCUGCAAGUAAAUUUUUGGGUUGUAUGAUUGUGUAUAUAAUUUAAAAAAAAUAAUAACGAAAAUAAAGAAAAAUAUUUAUAAAGUAGUAUAACCCCAAGAUUUAUUUGAAUAAUGUGGUGAAAUGGCUGUAUUUUAGAUCAAAUUCAAUUUACAAAAAUUUAAAUAGGCUGUUUUACCCAAAUAAGAUAAAUUUGAACUUUUUUCACCGUAUUUCUUGUUGAGUCUGAAGGACAGCUAAAAUAAUUAUCAUUUCAUAUUAGGAAAAAAAAUAAGAAAUGCGGUGGACCUUAUAAUUAUAAGAAAAACAGUAUAGCAAUAAAGAAGACAAUAAAAUAAUAUUCAUGGGUAUUCUUGAGUAUGUUCACGGUGAGUAGAAAGACAUAAAACCGCCAUUGAAAUAAAUUAAUAAAGUAGUACCAAAAAUAAUUCUGCCCAUUAGCAGGAAAAAUAUGUCCAUCAUUUAUUACCGUUUCUGUAAUUGAUUUUUUGUUUGUCUUUCUUUUAUACGUGAACAGAUUGCAAGACUAUGUACUACAAGACUCAAAUAUAUUUGAUAUUAAAACUUUUCAAGUACCUAUUUCAACAUUUUUUCGGGCACUGGUGUAGGUUUUUAUGGUGGAGGGUACCAUUCUCUGUGAUCUAUUUUUUAAAUAUGCGCCUAUUUUUACUGUUACAAUUAUUUCGAUAUAAAAUUUUUGACUUUUGACAAAAGACGUGUGUAACAGUAAGAAAUAUUUUCGCUUUUGUGGUCUUCUUUGAUAUUAUAAAUUUAAGUUAUUUAUACAUAUUUAUUAAUCAUAUUGAUAUUUCUAGAGAUAUAACUAUAAUAGGCUUCUACAAUAAUUAGUAUAUGCAAUGUAA